UGCCCCGCAGCACCCAACUGUGGGGCCAUAGGGGACCCUUCAGGGAUGAGCCCACAACGGGACUGGUUUCAGGGCUGGCGGAUGGGCCAGCCCACCCCGGUUUCCUGGAAGGUGGCCUUUGAAACCUCCCGGCAUUUCCUGAAAGGCUUCUCGGGGGAAAGUCCCCAGGGUGUCGUUCCCCGGGCCGGGGCUGCUGCGCCGGCUGCCUCCUCCAUAAAACGGUGGUCAGACAGCAGCAGACAGACAGACAGCAGCUGGACAGAACUGGGACAUUGGACUAUGGGCAACUGGCUGGUCAACCACUGGUUCUCGGCCGCUGUCCUGGCAGCCUGGCUGGGCAUCAACAUCUUCCUCUUCACCUACUAUUUUCUGUUCUUCGACCAGGACGAGCAAUACUUCUACACCAGAGCCAUCCUUGGGCCUGCCUUAGCAUGGGCACGAGCAUCAGCCAAGUGCCUCAACUUCAACAGCAUGCUGAUCCUGCUGCCUGUCUGCCGCAACCUCCUCUCCUUCCUCCGUGGGACCUGCUCGUGCUGCCGGCGGACGCUGCGGAAGCAGCUGGACCACAACCUCACCUUCCACAAGCUGGUAGCCUAUGCCCUGGCCCUGCUCACAGCUGUGCACACCAUCGCCCACCUCUUCAACCUGGAGCGCUACAACCAGAGCCAACAAGCCACCGACCGUAGCCUCCCUGCUGUCCUCUCCAAGAUGCACCUGCAGGACAACAAGUGGCUGAACCCCAUCCAUUCCAACCACACUACCGUCGAGUACGUGACCUUCACCACCAUCCCUGGGCUGACAGGGGUGAUCAUCACGCUGGCACUGAUCCUCAUGGUCACGUCCUCCACCGAGUUCAUCCGUAGAAACUACUUUGAGGUCUUCUGGUACACACACCACCUUUUCAUCAUCUAUUUUGCCGGUCUCCUCUUCCAUGGCAUCGCCGGGCUGGUGCGUGGGCAGACAGAGAAGAGCAUGGCAGAGGUGCAUCCCCAUCGCUGUGCCCUCAACCUCACACAGAGGGACCAGAACUGCAGCCAUGACUGCUGCAAAGACCCUGAGUUCGGGAGCAUCCCUGCUGAGUCCUGGAAGUGGGUCCUGGCCCCCAUCCUCCUCUACAUCUUCGAGCGGAUCCUUCGGGUCUGGCGUUCAUGGCAGAAGGUGGUUGUCACCAAGGUGGUCAUGCACCCUUCCCGCGUGCUGGAGCUGCAGAUGAACAAGAGGGGCUUCAGUAUGGAGGUGGGGCAGUACAUCUUUGUCAACUGCCCCAGCAUCUCCUUGCUGGAGUGGCACCCCUUCACCCUCACCUCGGCACCCGAGGAGGACUUCUUCUCCAUCCAUAUCCGGGCAGCUGGGGACUGGACAGAGAGUCUCAUUGACACCUUCCAGCAGCAGAAGCCAGAAAUGCCCAGGAUCAAGGUGGAUGGCCCCUUUGGGACAGCCAGUGAAGAUGUGUUCCAGUAUGAGGUGGCCAUGCUGGUGGGAGCAGGCAUUGGAGUCACCCCCUUUGCCUCCAUCCUGAAGUCCAUCUGGUACAAGUUCCAGCAGGCUGACCAGACCCUCAAGACCAAGAAGAUCUACUUCUACUGGCUCUGCCGGGACACUGGAGCCUUUGCCUGGUUCAAUGACCUGCUUGCUUCCCUGGAGCAGAAGAUGGCUGAGUCAGGCAAGGCAGACUUCCUCACCUACAGGCUCUUCCUCACCGGCUGGGACACCAGCAUUGUCAACAACGUGGCACUCCACUUUGACACUGCUACAGACACAGUCACAGGUCUCAGGCACAAAACCAUCUUUGGGAGGCCCAUGUGGAACAGCGAGUUUGCAGCGGUGGCUGAAGCUCACCCCAGGUCAGUGGUUGGUGUGUUCCUCUGCGGGCCAGCAGCCUUGGCAAAGAGCCUGCAGAGAUCUUGCCAGCAGCACUCCAGCCUGGACCCCAGGAAAGUCAAAUUCUACUUCAACAAGGAGAACUUCUAAGUGACAGCUGGGCUGGGACUCCAGCGAGCUGGGGACACUGCCAGUCUCGUCUCACCUCACCUCCUGUGCCAGAGCAUGGCCAGGGAUAAGCAUCUGCACCAAAGCCAGGCAUGGCAUGGCAAGGUGUUCUUCUCCAUGAGAAACUCCAGGGUCAAUGACUGCUGCCUUCUUGACCCAAUCUACAAGGGUCCCCCACAGGGGGAAGCAGGACUGCAGCUCCACAUGGCCCACUGAGGAAGCAGAGGGAGGUGCUGCAACGAUGCUGCUGGAGCAGCAGGAAGCAGCAGGAGUGCCCAGCGGGCUGGGCAGAACGACAGGAUGGCGAUGGAUGGGAGAGGGGCACACUGAGCAGGCUCUGGGGGCCAAACU